AUGGAGAAUGUGUCCAUGGCGGGCGGCGCCCUGCCGAUCUGUAACGACUCCGUGGACUUCUACUCCCUGACGGAGGGCAACGGCACCGGCCUGAACUGCACCCCCCCCUCGGAGUUCUACUUCUACGCCGACCUGUACGUCAUCUUGCCGGUCAUCUACUCGGUCAUCUGCGCAGUGGGACUGACCGGAAACACCGCCGUCAUCUACGUGAUCCUCAAAGCCCCCAAAAUGAAGACCGUCACCAACAUGUUCAUCCUGAACCUGGCCAUCGCGGACGACCUGUUCACCCUGGUGUUGCCCAUCAACAUUGCCGAACACUUGCUGCACUACUGGCCUUUCGGCGAAGUCCUGUGUAAAGUUAUCCUGAGCAUCGACCACUACAACAUCUUCUCCAGCAUCUACUUCCUGACAGUGAUGAGCAUCGACCGCUACCUGGUGGUCCUGGCCACGGUGCGGUCCAAACGCAUGCCGUACCGCACCUACCGGGCCGCCAAGAUCAUCUCGCUGUGCGUGUGGAUCCUGGUCAUCCUCAUCGUCAUGCCCUUCACCGUGUUCGCCGGCAUCUACGUGAGUCCCAGCGACGGCAGGAAGAGCUGCGUGCUCAGCUUCCCCACGCCGGAGCGCCUGUGGUUCAAGACCAGCCGGAUCUACACGCUCAUCCUGGGCUUCGCCAUCCCGGUCUCCACCAUCUGCAUCCUCUACACCAUGAUGCUCUACAAGCUGCGCAACAUGAGGCUCAACAGCAACGCCAAGGCGCUGGACAAGGCCAAGAAGAAGGUGACGGUCAUGGUGUUCAUCGUUCUGGCCGUCUGCUUGUUCUGCUGGACGCCGUUCCACCUCAGCACCAUCGUGGCGCUGACGACGGACCUGCCGACCACGCCGCUGCUGAUCGGGAUCUCCUACUUCAUCACCAGCCUGAGCUACGCCAACUCCUGCCUCAACCCCUUCCUCUACGCCUUCCUGGACGACAGCUUCCGGAAGGCCUUCAAGAAGAUGCUGGAGUGCCGACCAGCCUGA